GAAUUCUGUAUCUUGGUGAGUCAUUCCUGUUGCUGAGGUCUGCCUGGACAGCAUGCAAAACGGCAGUGGUUCAGAAAGUGAUGAAGAACUGGAAUUCAGGGAGACCCAGGCCCCCUUCAGAAACCCACCUGUUCCCUUCACUGGGAGGAUCGUAGGGGGUCUCCAGGAUGGACACAAGGUCACCGUCAUGGGGCAUGUUCCUUCCAGAGGCGAAAGAAGGUUUUCAGUGAACUUUCAGAGGGGCCACCACGACCGUGAAAUUGCCUUCCACUUCAACCCUCGGUUUGAAGAGGGUGGGUAUGUGGUCUGUAACACAAGGCAGCUAGGAAACUGGGGGCCGGAGGAGAGGAAGAUGCAGAUGCCCUUCCAGAAGGGGAGUCCAUUUGAGAUCUGCUUCAAGGUAGACAGGUCUGCGUUCAAGGUGACGGUGAAUGGGAGCAUGUUCUUGGUUUAUGUACAUCGUGUGCCCUUCGACCAAGUCAACGCCAUCUCCAUCAAGGGCGGUGUGAAUGUGUUCUACAUCAGAUUCCAGAUAUAGAAAUCCCUACCACGUGGAAGAUGUUCACUGCAUGGUGCUCACACGGUCAUAGAACCCAGAAGCUUGAUGAUAUUGGCUGCUGAUUACCUCACCACCAACCAAUCAGAAGACAUCCAUGAGCUGAUCACACACCCCUCACCCUUUCCCUCACCCUGUGUUUAAGACCAUUUCCCUGAAAGUCAUCCUGGAAUCUGGGUUUUUAAGCUGCCUUGGCUCCUUGCUUGGUACCUGCAAUAAAUGCCGCACUUUCCUUCAUCAUAA